UUAAUAAGUUUCCUUUCUUGUGCUGUUUUUCCUUCAGGAUUCCCAAUCUUUCUGGCGCCAGCAAUUCCAAGUUCUUUAUCCUCAGAUCCAGGCAGCCCACUCACGGAUGAUGAAUAUAAGGUCUUUUUCUCUUCCUUGAGGCCCACAUGGAAGGCAAGCCUGGUGUGUCAGAUCCGCCGUAGCAAAGGUUGCCAUGACCCUAAAAUAAUAGAGCUGGAUCGAUUUGAGAAUCAUGGCCAGAUUCCAGAGGGUCCUGUCUGUGCAGAACUUCCCCAAAGCCCACGUUUUGAUACUUUUUGUGUGUUUGCACAGUUUCGAUGCUUAAACCAGAAGUUCUACACCAAGCGGAUCCUGUGUCCUAAGCUGCCACUCCUUGAAGAGACUGACUUUCUCCCUACAGCCCCAAGUGAGAAUCAUGCCUUCGCCCCAACUGAGGUUUCUCCACUAACCCUUGAACACCGCCUCCGCUCCAAUAUCGACUCCAUUUUGAAAUACUCCUUUGCAGUCUCAGGACAGGAGCCUAUGCUGAAGAAUGAUUUCCAUGUUCCACACAGUAAUCUGGAAGCACAACAGCUCCCCAAAUGGCCAGAUGACUUAAAUGCUGAGAGUAACACCUUUCCUCCUGAAGCAUCCACCCUAUUUAUCAAAAAUGUUGAAGUCACAGAGGACGUCACAGACCAGCAACUCUUUGAAGACAUCCACCAUCUGAUUGGCAGAGCAUUGUCAUUGGAGAAGACCCUGAAGGCAGAGAAUAUGAAAGAGAGAGAAAAUGAAAAUCCAAGUCUGAAUAUUGAAGAAGCCAACUCAGAAAACAGUUCCACAGGCAGUCUUUUAGCUAUUGACAAGGAUGAAGCUCUGGUGAUUCUCUGCUAUGCAGUGCUUCAAGAUAUUUGCAUAUCCUCAGCUAUUAGCAAGGCCUGGAAAGAAAUAGAAGGAAAAAUCUUUGGCUCUGAGGAUUUGGUGUGCGAUAACCUUGGCCGGCAUCACGCAGAUCUGUGUCCUGAAUGUGCAUUCUGCUCCCUAAAAACAGAGCAGUGUCAAGGGGCUUCCAAUCUGAAACGUAUCCGCUGUAAUGAUGGUAUCUUCACAAACUACAUUAACCCUGGGAUCCUGGCUCAGCAUCAGGCUAUGAACCUCGAGGGCUCCCCAGACAUAGACGAAUUUUAUGGGUUUGAAACUUAUGGAGGCAUGCGGACAGAGUACUGGUGUGGUCGCUUGGCUGCUCAUGGCUGUGAUGAUUAUCGUGUAGCUCUUUGGUUGCAGUCAGAAUAUUCUUUCUUUCAUGGAGGAGAUUUCCCAGACAAGAUUUGUGACUCAACAGGAGUUCAACAUCCAACCUAUUGUGCAUUCAAGAGCAAUCAGUGCAUGCAAUACACCAUCCAAAAUAAGAAGGUAUUGCGGACUGGCUGCUUAAAAAAUCAGAUAUACCGUGAGCUAAGCAGGGAGGAAGGGGAAGUGGAAGUGCUGCUCUGGAGCCAGAAAUUCUUGAAUUUUGCCGAAGGGUGAAUGAAUGAAAGAACAGAAAGAAGCAGUUUGAACAAAGGAAAAGGGCC